AUGGCGUCCAGCGGCGAGGAGAGGCUGUGGACGCCGCUGCCGGGGCUGGAGGCGGUCACGGCCGCCGCCCCCUGGACAGACGCCGCCCCUGCCAACGCCUCCAAUGGGACGGACGUACAGCUACCGAGCCAGAGCGCCGAGGACACUGAACUGGAAGCCUUCUACUUCUAUAGCGUGCCGGCGCUGCUGGUGCUGUGCAUGGUGUCGCUGUCUGUGAACGCGCGCGUGCUGGUGUCCGUGUGCUGGAUCCGGCGGCCGCUGUCGCCCACGCUGCACAUCUCGCUGAGCCUGGCCGGCGCAGACCUCUUCGCCUCGGCAGCCCUCGCCACCGGCCUCAUGCUCAACAGCCUCUUCAAGGCGCUGCACCUCCAGCAGGACCAGUGCCUGCAAUUCACCGUCGAGGCGCUCCGGCUCACAGGCAUCAUCGCGGCGGUGGCGCACCUGCUGGCGCUGGCGGCGAACCACUACCUGGGCAUCCUGCGGCCGCUGCACUACCCGGCCAUCAUGACACACCGCAACACGUCCGCCUGCAUCGCGCUGCUGUGGCUGCUGCCGGCCGCCUUCUUCUUUGUGUACUUCUCGUCCGUCCCGGGACAGGGCUACCAGAGCCCCACCUGCAACUACAACUUCCUGCUGUUCUGCAAGUUCCGGGCGACCUUCUCCUCGCUGUUCUUCGGGCCGCUGCUGCUGAUGGCGAUCAUCUACGCGCACAUCUUCGUGAUCGUGCGGCGCCACCAGGCGAGCCGGCUGCGCUUCAGCCGCGCCAGCCUGCGCACGACCCACCACCACCAGCACCAGCACAGCAACCAGCAGAUGGCGCGCAGCGUCAAGGCCAUCCGCACCACGCUGCUCAUCCUCGGCUCGUACGUGGUCGGCCUGAUGCCGGGCGUGCUCGUGUUCGUGCUCGUCUGCGCCGACUGCCCCUUCCCGUUCCCCGAGACGCCGCGCGACAAGUUCCGCAUGUUCUUCAUCUACACCACCGUCAACUUCCUCAUCAUACUCAAGACCUUGCUCAACCCCAUCAUCUACGCGGCGCGAAUGCAGGAGAUCAAGGCAGCGACGCGGCGCAUGAUGGCGAGCGCGCGCAGAACGUGCCGCUGGUGCGCGCCGCUGCUGGAGCUGUCGCUGGUGCGCUGCGCCUCGCUGGGCCCGCGGGCCGCCGCCCGCUGCUCGCGCUCCAGCUCCGCCAACGGCAGCCUGCGCCGCCCACACAGCAGGGCCCGCCUCGGCUGCGAGCAGCUCUGA